GCCGGCCGCCCGCCCUCCGCGCUCUGCCUCCCGCCCGGCUGCCGCUACCUGCCCUACCCCGACAUGGGUCGACAGAAGGAGCUGGUGUCCCGCUGCGGGGAGAUGCUGCACAUCCGCUACCCGCUGCUUCGCCAGGCACUGGCUGAGUGCCUGGGAACCCUUAUCCUCGUGAUGUUUGGCUGUGGCUCCGUGGCCCAGGUUGUGCUCAGCCGGGGCACCCAUGGGGGUUUUCUUACCAUCAACCUAGCCUUUGGCUUUGCCGUCACCCUGGGCAUCCUCAUCUCUGGCCAGGUCUCAGGGGCCCACCUGAACCCUGCUGUGACCUUUGCCAUGUGCUUCCUGGCGAGAGAGCCCUGGAUCAAGCUGCCCAUCUAUUCCCUGGCUCAGACACUGGGAGCCUUCCUGGGUGCUGGGAUCGUUUUUGGGCUGUACUAUGAUGCAAUCUGGGCCUUCGCCGACAAUGAGCUUGUAGUCUCAGGCCCCAAUGGCACAGCUGGCAUCUUUGCCACCUACCCUUCUGGACACUUGGACAUGGUCAAUGGCUUCUUCGACCAGUUCAUCGGCACAGCCUCCCUCAUCGUGUGUGUGCUGGCCAUUGUGGACCCCUACAACAACCCUGUCCCUCGUGGCCUGGAGGCCUUCACCGUCGGCCUGGUGGUUCUGGUCAUUGGCACCUCCAUGGGCUUCAACUCCGGCUAUGCUGUCAACCCUGCCCGGGACUUUGGCCCCCGUCUCUUCACCGCCAUCGCUGGCUGGGGCUCAGGAGUGUUCACGACCGGCCGCCAAUGGUGGUGGGUGCCCAUCAUCUCCCCGCUCCUGGGCUCCAUUGCGGGAGUCUUCGUGUACCAGGUCAUGAUCGGCUGCCACCUGGAUCAGCCUCCACCCUCCACUGAGCAGGAGAAUGUGAAACUGGCCCACAUGAAGCACAAGGAGCAGGUCUGAGUGGGCAGGGCCAUCACCCCCUGCCCCUCUCCCUGGAGCAUCCACUGACUGUACAGGGGCUACUCCCUAUAAGCCCCCUUCCCCUUCCCCCUCCCAGGCUAAGAAGCUCCUUGUCUGCCCCACCCUACUGGACUACCCCCUCCAGGAUUUUUCCACGGGACCCUGCCCAAAUAAGACUUUAGGCCACUGUCCUUAAACAGUGAUGGGACAGAAAGUAGGGCCAACAUAACCCUUUGUUUCCCAAAGGGAGGGAAUGGGCAGUGGGUAUGUGUGUGCAUGUGCAGGUGUGUGUGUGUGUGUGUGUGUGUGUGUUCCCAGAUAUUCAGGGCAAGGGGCCAAGUGGAAAGGAUUUAGCUGUGGGGGGAGCCUGAAGGAAGGGGGAUGGUGAUGUGUCCAUCUGUGGGUGAGGAAAGCGCCAGGGGCCUGCAUGUUUCAGGGGCUCCAGGUGGAGAAGGGUCCAGAUACAUGUGUUUCUGAAUACGCAUGUGUCUGCCCUGUUUUCCAAACAGGCGCUCAGGGGAAGCUUUGGGGGAGGUAUGAUGGGAAUAUGGGUAGGGCUGGGAGAAGGGGGCCACAGCCCAGGUGUGGACCUUUGACUGUAUAUAAGGAGGAGCUGAAUAACGUGUUUCUGUCAUAAUGUAGGCAUGAGAGGUGGGGUGAAGUUUAGGUCAUAAGUUUCAUAUUUGCUUUUUUUUUUUUUUUUUUUUAAUAUA